AUGGAUAGUGAUGUAGCCAUCAUACUCAUUGAGUGGAUACAGGAGGAUAGGUACGCAUUAGAGCCACCCGUACGGUUCAUCCUGAAGUGCGAACCGAACGGUCUCUGCAGGUUACCCGACUCGUCAGAGCUCAACUGGACCAGAUGCAUGAGGGUUCUUAUGGCCGCAGACAAAUUUCAAGUCCACACGCUGGUGCAUUACUGCAUUUGCCAUCUUCGUCGUCUUCUCACACAAGGCAGUGUCUCAUUUGAUGAGAUCAUUGUAGUUCGCAAGAUGUUGCAACAAUGCACAGGGACAAACACUACUAAACUUGGUAUGCUGAUGUCAUUUCCGUGCUCACGGUGCACUCGAAGACUCUCUGUAGCUAGGGAUUGUGAGGCCUACGUGGCAGCCCGCGCUGCAUCCGACCCUUCCAAGAUGUGGAGCAUACUGGACUGUGGGAGCAUCGAGAUAAGGCCGUUUGGCAAGAGCAACUUACCAUCCGCCUGA